AUGCCCAAGAAAAGGAAAAAGACGCCCCUGUCCGAUGAGGAGCAGCUCCUUCUGUUUCAGCAGAAGUUGUUGGCAGAUGAAGAGAUGGCCAAGAAGAAGGAGAGGCUCCUGAGCCAGUUCUUGAAGGACAAACUGGCCAAGGAGGAGCACAACAGUGCUCUGAACCUUAAUAAGAUUAACACACAGUGGAGAACUGUCCUUCGAGAAGUCAAAACUAAAGAGCUUCAUAAAGACAUUGAGAUCCUUAGCCAAACAUUUGAACGAGUUGUGGACUGCAAGGACAGUGUCAUCAAGUCUUUAGCUAAGGACCUGGCAGAAGCUGAGGAGCAGUAUGCCCAUGCCCUGCGCAGCCACCUGCACAGUAUUGAUCAGCUCUUAGCCCUGCAGAGGCGCCGACUCAGCCUCCUGGAGGAAAGUUACAGCAUGGAGCUGGAGGCCCUAACUAAGGAAUUUGAGACAGAAAGGAAGAUGAUCAAUGACCAACAUGAGAAAGAGAUUCACUACCUACAAGAUGUCUUCAUGGCUAUGGAGCAGAACUAUAUAGACACUGAAUAUGAAAGCAAGCUGGAGUUCCAGAGCAUGUGGGACGAUCUCAAAAACAAGAAUUUAGAAGAGAAGCACUUCCUAAGACUGCAAUUGGAAAACAUUGUGGAAGAUCUGUGGAGAAGGUUCCAGGAAGCACUCAAGAAUUACACUGAUGCCACAGAGGAUCGUAAGAUUGCCUUUGAGACCCUGAAGGUGAAGGAUGAGAAGAGUUCCAAAGAGAUUGAAGCCCAAAUGAAAAAAAUACAGAAACUACAGGAUGCCAUAGUUGUUUUAAAAGGCAAAAUCAUGGUGCACAGCCGAGAGAGUGAAGAUCAGAACCAGUAUGUUCGUAAUAACAAGGAGUUGGUCCUUAUACAACUACGAAAACUUAAGGCCCAAAGGACUCAAGCCCGGGGAGUAUCACAAGAGAAUCUAGUCAAGCUCACCCUGGAAAGUAAUGCUACCCUUAAGGCUCUGAGAAAUAGUGUCGAUAAGGGUGAAAAGAUUCUCAAACUUGCUGAAAUAUGUAGGAAAUAUGAAACAGAGGAAGAAAAAGUGCUGCCUUUUUAUUCAUCAAUACUAACCCCCGAGGAGCAGGCAGAGAUAGAGGAAACGAACCCAGAAGAACUUACUGAGGAGCUGGCAAAGGUGAUGCUGGACUACACAGGGAUGGAGAACUUCUGGAAAAGGUACAACAAAGUGAAACUGGAGCAACUGAGCCUCCAACACAGACGAGCCCAACUGUUAGAAAUCAACUGCAAGCUGAGGGAGAUGCUCAAGCAGUACCUGGAUGGCAUCUCAGUGAGUGAUGAAGUGCUGAGCCAGCUUAACCCACUCUUAAUCGUCAACCAUCGAAGCAACUUACCUCAGCCCUUGUCCACACCUAUGGCUCAGCCCAGUGGCAAACAAAAGCCAAUCACUUACAACAUCAUUGAAGCAGCCCACGUGAUCCCUCACACCCUGUGAACCAAGAACAUUUCUUCCCAACCCCAGAUUUUUUGAGACCUGAGGACUUUGGUAUUAAAAGUUCCCAUGGGGUU